AUGUCUUACGCAAACGGGAACCGACCACCGAUAGAUGAUGAUGAUGUCGAAGAGGAGGCAUUGGUAGCCGAUUAUCAAGAACAAGUGAACAACUACGAAGAUGGCACAGAUCUCAAUCGAGCAGAUUCGCUCACUGGCGGUCCUGCAGAUUUGAGAGCUCAACUCGAGGCUGCUGCCGCCCCCUUGGAAUACCAAGCCUCCCUAGAGACCAAAUUUGCCAGUUACGACAAUUAUUGUUCUCUCUUUCACUAUAUUCUCAAUUCGGACGGACCAGUCGAAGUGGAACAGCCUUCAUAUUAUUGGGCAUGGGAUGUCAUUGAUGAGUUCAUUUAUCAAUUCGAGUCCUUCUGCCGCUACCGAAACCGUGUCGCAAGAACGGCACCAACUGAGGAGGAGGCACAAGUCCUACGAGAGAACCCCAACACCUGGGGCUGCUACUCCGUACUCAACGUCCUCUACUCGUUGAUCCAACGCAGUCAAAUCAACGAGCAACUCGCGGCACAGAAGCGAAAUGAAGACCCUAAUGCUGUUGCAGGAGAAUAUGGUUCCCGUCCACUGUACCGCAUGUUGGGAUAUUUCUCCAUUAUCGGCUUGUUGCGAGUCCACUGCCUCCUUGGUGACUUCAGCUUGGCCCUCAAGACACUCGAUGAUAUCGAGAUGAACAAGAAAGCCAUGUUUGCCCGUGUCAUGGCCGCUCACCUUAAUACCUACUACUACGUGGGCUUCUCAUACAUGAUGCUACGCCGGUACGCCGACGCUGUCCGCAUGUUCAGCCAUAUCUUGGUGUACGUGUCACGAACCAAGAACUUCCAGAAGGGCAAUCAGCAAUUCGACGCCAUUGCCAAGAAGACAGAGCAGAUGUAUGCUUUGAUCGCCAUCUGCGUGUCCUUCGCUCCCACCCGUCUUGACGACACCAUUCACACCGCCCUGCGUGAGAAAUACGGCGAGAAGUUUGCCAAACUCCAACGUGGCGGCCCAGAUUCGUUGCCAGUGUACAAGGAAUUGUUCCAGAGCGCGUGCCCCAAGUUCAUCAACCCCACACCACCCGACUUCGAUAACCCAAGCCUGAACAUUGACCCUGUAGAGCACCACACCGACAUUUUCAUGGACGAAGUCAAGAACACUCUCUUCAACCCCACGGUCAAGUCUUACUUGAAGCUCUACACAACUAUGGAUCUGAAGAAGCUGUCAAGUUUCCUCGAUGUGGAUCCGGAGAAGUUGCGUAGCUGGUUGCUCGUAAACAAGCAGCGCAGUCGGCAGAUUCGCUGGUCCGAAGGUGGUCUUUUGGAUGGUGAUGUCAUCAACGGCAGUGAGUUGGACUAUGCCAUUGAGGGAGAUCUCAUCCACAUCAGCGAGGCCAAACAAGGUCGCAGAUUGGUCGACUGGUAUCUCCGCAAUCUGGCUCGCAGUUAUUGA